AUGUUGAACCGAACACUUUGCACCGGCGCUGCCGUGCUGUUCUCCCUUCUGUCCACCGUCGCGGCCCAAGCCCAGUCCCACCUCCAGACUCCUCUCCACAAAGACGACCCAAGCCCAAGGCCUCGAUCGAAGCCACACCGCGUAGCCAUCAUAGGCGCUGGGCCCGGCGGCUCUGCGGCCUCGUACUACUUGGAACAGUUCGCACAGUCGUCGGCUGCUGGUCUAGAAGACGAAGACCGAGUGAAGCUCGACAUCACUGUCUUCGACACGAACCCACGCAUCGGCGGGCGAACCACGACAGUCAAUGCCUUGAACGACCCGCGCUACCCGACCGAGCUGGGCGCCAGUAUCUUCGUCCAGAUCAACCACAUCCUCUACAAUGCUACACGGGACUUUGGGCUCACCUUUUCCACCGAGAUCUACCAGGCCGCGCCGGACUCGGACUACGAGCUGGGAAUAUGGGACGGGGCCGAGUUCGUCUUCAAGGCCGAGCGUGAAGACGGCCGCCGCGGUUCCUGGCAAGGGUGGUGGGACAUUGCAAAGCUGCUGUGGAAGUACGGGUUGAGUCCGGUCCGCACCCAAAGGACGACCAAGGCGGCAGUGGGCAGAUUUCUCGGAUUCUACGAGGAACCGCUGUUCCCCUUCCGUUCGUUGCAGGAGGUGGUGGACAGCACCGGCUUGGAAGCAUACACGGGCGUUUCUGGGAGCGAGAUCCUGCAAGAGGCGCGGGUCAGUGAGCUGUUCAGCAGGGAAAUCAUCCAGGCCAGCACCCGGGUCAACUACGCCUCGAACUUGGGCGGAAUCCACGGCCUGGAGACGCUGGUCUGUAUGGCGAUCGAAGGCGCCGUGGCCGUCGGCGGAGGUAAUUGGCAGAUCUUCGCCGAGAUGGUCAAGAGGUCGGCUUCGCGAGUGCUGUUGAACACGACCGUCACCGACGUGGUGCAAGAUGAAGAAAAGCGCACGUACAGCCUGCGGACCAACGAUCCCGACCUCGACGCCCAGUUUAACUCGGAGCCUUACGACACCGUCAUCCUCGCCGCGCCGUAUCAGUUCGCCAACAUCUCAUUCACACCGGCGCUCGUCAAUGCCCCGUCCAAGAUCCCUUACGUCUCUCUGUACGUGACGCUGUUGACCUCUCCGCAUCGACUGUCGCCAGCAUUCUUCGGUGUGGAUUCGCAGGCCGACGUGCCUUCGUCCGUACUCACGACCCUACCCGAGGAUCUCAACCAUGAACUCGGCUCGCGCCGUGGUGUCGACGCCGUGGGUCCGUCGGGGUUCUGGUCAAUCAGCACAUUGCGCGUCCUCAGUCCCGAAACAGACGGCCAAGUUUUCUCCGGUGCAGCUGAAAAUGUAAAUGCGACUCACACCGAGACCGAAUCCGGGACGCAGUAUCUGUACAAGAUCUUCUCGCCAGCUCCUUUGACGGCCACCUUUGUGUCUUCUGUUCUGGGUUUCCCGUAUUCUCCAGCAGGCCAGGACCAGGACGACCCGGUAUCUGCGCUUCCCAAAGAAGAUAUCACAUGGCUGUACGAAAAGCAUUGGCACAGCUACCCUUAUGAGACGCCGAGACGGACAUUUGAGAAUUUCACCUUGCACACGAACCAGCCCCCUGCAGGGGGUGAGCACGUGCAAGAGCGUGAGAGCUUAUACUAUCUCUCCAGCAUGGAGAGUUUCAUUUCCACCAUGGAGACCAGUGCACUCGCUGGGAUGAAUGUCGCCAAGCUGAUUGUCGAUCAGCUCCAAGCGUCAGGGUGA